AUGGAUUCAACAGCAUCGCGGCCACGGCCACGGCCCGCCCACACCCAGGGGACUACGCGAUGCGCGUACACGACGGAUGGCAAUCGACUGGUGACUGUCGGCUCCAACAACACCAUUCGACUCUACAAGACUGGUUCCGACGGAGAGCCCACGAACAUAGACGACUGUCAAGAACAAAAUGUGUCCGUCUCAGCGGGCAAAGAUUUCUUUGUCGUUGGUUCCGAAGACGGCACCGUCAGCCUUUUCAACAUUGAAACCGCCAACUUUGAACGCUUUCUUCUGCGUGCCACUCUCCCCAUCAGAGACGUCGCAUUGACUCGCGACUCCCAGUGGUGCGCGGUUGCUAGUGACGAGCUCAGCGUCAAGAUUGUCAACACGAGCGAUAUCACACAGGUGAAGCACCUGCGAGAGCACAGCAAACCUGCCAGACAUGUUUCCCUGGAGCCGCAGGGACGGUUAGCCGCCUUGUCCUGUACCGAUGGCGUCAUAUAUAUUUAUUCCCUGACAGCUGAGGAGCCUGAACUUAUCCGAAAAGUCGAUGGAAUUAUUGGAAAUGUGGACUCUGAUUCCGAGAUAUCGACCAAAGUUGCCUGGCAUCCCGAUGGACGAGCCUUCGCUGUGCCGACUCCGACCAAGGACAUCCAAGUCAUCUCCAAAAACGACUGGGAGAAGCAACGGCGCUUCGCUGACGGUCACCUGUCCGACAUUACCUCUCUUGCCUGGUCUCCGAACGGCGCCCUGCUCGCUUCGGCGGGCAAGGAUGGCAAGGUCCUGGUUUGGGAAACCAAGUCACAGAGCGUGAUUCAGCGAUAUGACUACUCCAAUGUAGUCGAUUUGGCAUGGCACCCGUCCAAGAAUAUUUUGUCAUUUGCAACCACAGACGGUGAAGUAUUCAUCUACCCAGACUUCCUUCAUGAGCAGUUUUCUCCAUUACUGAAGCUCAACACACAACCUGCCCCAUUCAUUCAUGAUCCCCUGUCAGAGAUAUCGGGAAACCGGCAGCAGCUCCUCCCUGUCAACGGGCACAAAAUCCAGCCCAUUCCUAGCCGGCCUCGCAGAGGAUCAUUGGACAGCAUCGGCUCCCUGCUUGAUGAAAAUGGCGAAGAUGACGGUUUUGUCGUUGAUGACGACGGUGCUGGCUAUGCUGUUGGCAGAGGGAGUAAACGAGGACGGGAUCCGGAUGAUGUAUUUGGCGAUCCUGCAAGCAAGAAGAUUCAUCUGAUGCAACCGCAGCACCACGAAUCCUUUCAACCCGGCUCGACUCCUUGGAUGGGAAACAGGAAAUACUUAUGCCUGAACCUCGUAGGUUUUGUGUGGACAGUUGAUCAAGAUUCGCACCACACAAUUACGGUGGAGUUUUAUGACCACGAGUUCCAGCGAGACUUUCAUUUCACAGACACAUUUCUCUACGACAAGGCUUGCCUGAAUGAAAGCGGCACCUUGUUCUCAAGUCCGCCCAAAGAUGACGCUCCUGCCUACAUUUUCUACCGACCACACGAGAGCUGGACUCAGCGAACUGAUUGGCGAACACAGCUGCCCAAGGGAGAAACGGUCACAGCAAUGUCUUUGAGCGAGUCGUUCAUCACGGUAACCACGUCGGCCAACUACGUCAGGGUCUUUACCCUCUUUGGAAUGCCCUACCGAGUAUAUCGCCCCAAGAGUUCGCCCAUGGUGACAUGUGCCAGCUGGAAAGACUAUGUCCUCACAAUCGGCAACGGCCCUGUCGGGUCUGAUGGGAGACCGCGCCUACUAUACACGAUUGAAAACAUCAAGCGAGACGAGAUUUGCCAAAACGAGGACACGGUCGCUCUGCCAGCGGGGGCAACGCUCAAAAGCGUAUUCUUCUCAGAUGACGGGGACCCAUGCAUUUACGACUCCACGGGCACCUUGCUCACGCUGCUGCACUGGCGUCAACCAUGCCGUGCGUGCUGGGUGCCUCUACUAGACACCAAGCUCCUGUCUCGCCUGGCGUCUGGCCGGAAAAGCGAGACGUACUUCCCGGUUGCCGUCGCAGACCACAAGUUCCACUGCAUCAUCCUCAAGGGAGGCGACAAAUACCCGUACUUUCCUCGACCGCUGCUGUCGGAGUUUGGCUUCUCCAUGCCUCUGGCAUCGCCGCGGGAGGAGAAGAAGAAGAAGAGGAAGGAGGCGGACGAUGCCGAGACGGGGCAGGAUGAAGCGAUGGACGAAGACGGGGAAGACGAUGACGAAGACUCGGAGACGAGAAAACUCGAGCAGCAAUUCAUGCUCCAGGGCGUGCAGUCCGCUCAGCUACGAGACCUCGUCGACGCCACCUCGGGAAACCACAGCCAAAGAUCGCUCCUCUCCCGUAUCGAGUUGGAAAUCGACAAGACGCUCCUACAGUUACUGGCGGUGGAAUGUCGCCACGGCGAAGACCGCGGCAUGCGGGCCCUCGAAAUGGUGGAACUCAUGCGCGACAGAACAGGCCGCAUGAUGGAGGCAGCGGGCAAGGUGGCUGAGCGGUACGGGCGCACCGUUCUGGGCGACAAGAUUCGCGAGGUCGGAGAGAAGAGGGUUGGCAGCAUGGACGAGGACGUCUUCUAA